AUUGAUGUGCACUCCCCACGAGACUACACAACGGUAUUGGGCAUUUCCCUGAACAGAGCACAAAAUUUGGGUUUCAUGUUCCUUUACCUACCACAGCGGGUAUGGUAAAAUAUUUAUUAUUUCUUGAAUUUAUAGAAAUUAUGGAGGAUAAAUAAUACUUUUGGUUAUAUUAAAUUGCCGGGAAAACGGUCCAAGAAAAGUUGCGGUGAAAAACAAAUCGAAACUUUAUUUUCCCAGAACUUUGUCGCAUGGAUUGGAGCUGGAUGCAUGCAGUGAAUUGAUCGGAGUUUAUUACCUAUCUAGUGAAUUCACAGUGAAUUAAAUAUUUACCUAUGUGAUAACUGAUCAAAUGAAAUCUGUCUGUCAAAAUAGUUCAGUGAUAAGUGAAUGCGCGCGUCUUCUCGGCGGAUUGUUUACGAAAAUUUUAACUUAAACCUGGCAGUUAAGACGUUCAGAAUGUAGAUCAGAGUCGCAAUGUGUUUUAAUAUAAUAGCAGACGAGGCGCCCUAACACUUCAACUGGAGAGCACCAACUUCGCAAUCAUGACGGAAACUACGAUGGUCAAGGUAAAGACCGAGCGUCCCGAUGAGGCCGAGAUCCGAGAAUUGGCCGCCAAAAUGGUGGAGGCCAACAAGGCGAAGGCCCUAGCAGCGUCGGUGGCCGCGGCCAGGCCGCCUCUCGUGGGCGGGCCCGCCCCCGGUCCCGGCGGACAGAUGGCUAUUGUCAACUUUCUGGCGCGGAAACCAGGAGUUCCCACGCCUGCGGAGCAACGACCCCCGCCCGAUCCUGACAAGAAGACUCCUGCACCAGAUGAAGCAAGUUGGAAGGGCCAUUUCGGCUGGGAUAUGCUCGGCAAAUGUCACAUUCCCUACAUCUACCGGUCAGGUGAAAAAUAUGUCGCCGUCCGGAUGGUGGAAAUAAAGCUACUUAACAAGUACCUGAACUAUCUACAUGCAGAUAUAUACUCCUGCACAUGUAUCAGGAGUUACUACAUCACAGAGAUUGAAGCCAGGCUUCUCAAUGAGAUCAAUAAUAGGCAUUGUGAUGGUCAGUUUGGCCGGGAUCCAUUCACACAAAAGGACUUAGUUGUGCGGUUAUCGGACGCUUAUGAAUUUUAUAAUUUCUUAGAUGUAUGUUAUAAUAAACUAUUACGUGGCACCACAAAUGCAAAGGACAAAUGUGGAUUCAUUCGUAUUAAUAAGGAAUCAGUGGUACCAUAUACGGUACGAGACAAUCAGAAAUUUGUUCCCCUAUUUUAUUUUGAAGGUGAAACGGACAACUUGAAGUUGAAAGCAGACCAGUUGAAAGGGUGGGAUUUGUCAUAUCUAAAGUUCUGUUGUAAAGUACAAGGGAUUAGAAAUGAAUUAUUUGCCAGUGAAACAUGUUCAGUGAUCAGUUUAUCAGACAUUAAAAGUUACUUUCCACCCGGAACCGAAUUUGAAGAGUACUGGCCGAACAAGGUGGUGGAUUCACAACUUCUCAUAGCUGCUAAAGGGUCUGUAUCAGGCGGCGGACAAUGGACAAGAGCGCCGCCCGCGCCGCCACCGGGCGUGAUGAGUGGCGUGGCGGCGGGCGUCAACAUGGGCGGGUCGACGCGCGGCCGCCGGCCCGCCGCCACGCGCCACUCGCCCGCCUCCGCCGCCAUGCAGAUGCCGCACGCCAACAUCUCCGCCGCGGCUGUGCAAGCCUUGGCCAAUAGCUGGAGUCUGCCCGGCACACUAACGCAGGCGCAGACGCAGCAAGUGCUUAGGCUCGCGCAGGCGCAAGUGGCGGCACAAGCGCAGGCGGCGGCACGCUACAACAUCGCAGCGGCGGCCGCGGCUCUGCCUCAGCAUCGAUCGCAACACCAGCGAAAUGUACAGUUUCCCAACAGUGCAAUAACAAUGGCGAUGGGGCAGCAGCCACCGCCCCCUCUCGUGAGGAGCUCGGCGAACACCACAACUAUGAAUGUGCCUCCUCAAGUGACUGGAUCAAUGAAUGGCCACUCAACCUCUCACAGCGCGGACAGCCGCAAGCGGCUCACACCCAUACCAGACAUAACCAUUACUGGCAACCAUACGCCGUAUAAGGUCCAAAAAGCCCUGGUGGAGAACACGAUGGUGCCGUGCAUCAACGCCAAACCUUACCAGUACACGGAGUUGCUGAUGACGCUGCCGGACCUGGCCAGCCACUUUUUCCCGCGCGUUUCGCUCAGCACCUGCCGCGCCAUGCUGGACGCGCUGGGGCUGACGCUCUACAAGCCUAACUCUACCCAGCUACAAGUGCUCCGCAACUCCGGCAAGUGCAAAUCAGCGGCGGCCGGCGAGAACGGCAUGGCGCUGGUGCAGAUUCGCGACGUCAUGCAGCACAUGCCACAGUUCAAGUACAUGCUGCGCUCCGGGCUGGCGGCCGACGACGCGCCGCAUCAGGCGCCGCGGCCCGCGCACAACGCCCAGCCGCAGCACCCCAAGCGGGCCAGGGCUAACUGACUUGUGGAUUAGUGUGUCAGUGCUUAGUGUAUAGUGCUCUCUCGAAACACAGUGUAUAACAAGGUCUCAAAGCAGUGCUAUAUACUGAAUUUAAUGCCAGUGGAUUUAAACUAGUGCUAUCCAGGCUCCCAUGGUUUAAACUCCAAUCAAUGCUGAAUAUUUGUGGAAUCAAUGCCAGAGGAUUUAACUUAGUGCUGUCGAGACCUGGAAUCCUGGACUUGAAUUAUUACUAUAUAUUUUUCACGUCUCUAAUUGACUUGGGCCAAAGUAUAUGCUUUAGAAAUCAGAGUUUAUCCAAAUUAGUGUUGCAACAUGUUUGUGUUGAAUCAAGCAUACCCAGGAAUAAGUGCUAUGUAUCUCUGAAUACAUUUAAUACAAUAUACUAGAGCCAAAUACCUUGACGCAUCUUACACGCUCUUUUUGAGUGGCGUGUUAAACAAUACAUCACUGGAUAUAGGAUAAUGGGCACUAUAGAGGAUAUAGAUAAGGAUUUGGGUUGGUAUUUUGACACUUUUGCAUGUUUAAAGUUGUUAAUCUUUUAAAAAGGAACCAGCCAUUCAUUGUACAUAUAUGACAAAAGGACUGUGGAAUAUAACAAAUCAGAAGUUUGACUGCUGGAAAACAAUUGUUGAAUAUUGAAAUGGUGUAAAGCAUUUACUGAGCCUCAUCAUUUAAUGAGUUUAUAAACACAUAGGAAGUGGAAGUGGGGAAUAACUAAACUGGAUGCAAAA